CACUAGUAGCCAAGAAUUGGCAUACAUUAAACCAACUUUCAGCCUUCUUCAUAGAUAGUUCUCGCAUUACUCUUCCGAUCCAGCAUCAGGACAAGCCAGUGAUAGAUGCAAGUUAGCAUUGCAGGUCUAAUGUCGACGGUUGUUGCGUCUUACACCCCUAUGACUAUGAGUCGCUCGCCCGUUCUGCCGUCUUCUUCCGGCACGCCGGCCAGCCGCUCUUGGAGGCCGGCGGCAGCGACGGCGUUCGCUAAUUCUCUCGCCGUCAAGUGCUGCCGGCCGACGUCUGUGGUACUCCGCGCUCACCCGGAGAAACAGCUGCCGGCGUUCAGCAUUCCCCCCACCGCCCUGCUGUACCCUGUGCAACCGCCGGACAGCAAGGAGCGGUGGGACAUCAAGGAGGAGGAGAAGCACGUCAAGAUAUGGCUCCAGGUGCCCGGGCUCUCCGAGGACGACCUCGAGAUCACCGCCGGCGAGGACAUGCUCGAAAUCAAGAGGAAGCCUCGCACCGGGGCCGGCGGCCGCGAGGAACCGCCGGUGGAGGUGCACGGGGUGGGCUCCUUCCACGUCAGGCUUCUCAUGACCAAGGAAUACAACAGCGAGGACGUCACCGCGGAGCUCAAGGCCGGGAUGCUGGAGAUUACCAUCGGCAAAGCCGACAACCGUGGCAUAAAAAAACCAGUCGGGUUUGGGAAGAAAAGCACGGCCCAGAACACGCCAGCCCAAGACAAGCCGAGCUCAAACAAUGCCGCCCAAGGUAAUGGCGCCUCACCGAAAAAUCAGAAGUGACCGGCCCAAACCGAUCUUCAGUGCGUUUUUCCCUUUUCGUGUACUCAUUUCCCAUUCUUCUUUUGCGAAAUAAGCAGCUUAUGUUUGAAACCAGUGAUGCAUCGCUCGUUGUGGUGUGCGCUGUCGUGUGCGUAUGGAGAUUGUUUGUUCAAAAUUGAGCUCUUUUACAACACUUCAGAAAUUAAUAUAGUCCGUUCAUUUCUCC